AUGACACCAUCACUGCUACCGCAACCAUCACCGCCACCAACUCCGCUACCACUGCCACCCACCUUCGUCCCCGCCACCACCGUUAUCGCCACCCACCGUCACCGCUGCCACCUUCGAUCACCGCCGCCACCGUCACCGCUGCCACCUUCGAUCACCGCCGCCACCCCCUCCCUCUCCGCCACCGCUACCCACCUCCGCCACGGCUAUCAACCGCCACCGCCGUUACCACCUUUGACCACCGCCGCCACCACCAUCGCCACCUCCACCACCCACCUCUGCCGUCACCUGCUACCACCGCCGCUGGUACCACGGCCGCCAUCACCACCCACCACCACCGCUGUCGCUACAUCUGUCACCUAUCACCACCCACCAUCACCGCCUACCACUGACCACCGCCACCACCCACCACUGACCACCUCCACCCAAUUCUAUUCCUUCAUCUUUUCUUGCCUACCAAACAACAAGAAGCAAUGA